AUGCUGCUGCCGCUGCUCUUCAUCACGGGCUUCGCGUCGAUGCCGUCCGACACGUGCACCCUGGACUCAGGGGUGCCCGUGCAGUGGAAACCGGGUUGCUGCGAAGAUCCGACUGGCUUUCGGGACGCAGACGCCAUAGUCAAGUACCCGAAUUCGACCGGGUCGUGUGCAACAAAGGACAAUCAUAUCGGCACUACUGACCCACGCGUCUUUGGACCAUCACUUUGGAGGGCCUUCCACCUGAUUGCCGCCAACUUCCCGAGCCCACCCACCGAUGCCGCGCAUCAGGCCUGCGUCAACUUCGUCAUGGCGCUGCCCUACUUGGUGCCGUGCCGGCACUGCGGCUGGGACCUCGGCGAGUUCAUCAAGCGCAACAUCCAGAAUGACACCAUUUCCGACCCUGGGUGCUUCGGCUUCUCGGAAGAAACGCAGGACUUCACAGAGCCUUGUGAAUCGCCGGAGCGCGCAUGCACGUCGACGUACAACUUGACAUCGUUCUUCGCCCGCGCGCACAAUAACGUCAACUCCCACACGAACCCGUGCCGCAAGCCGUACACCACGAAAGAUGCGCUGCAGCAGUACCUCGCCGCACCGGAGGGCACCUGCCUCCACAACACAGUCUGGGGUUCCAAACAACUCUGCACCGGACCCUAUUGCAACGCAAACCUCCCCCCGGGACCCGCGGGAGAUGAGCGGUACGGCACGCCCUGCUACCUGCCGGGGAGCGGCGUCCCUAAUGGCACCGGCUGCGACCCCAAACUCGACUCCUGCCCGGACCCCGCCGCGGACCCCGGCGCACUCUACUUUGGCGUGCAGGAUUCCUGCGAUGACAUUACCGCCGAAGCAUGCGGCACGGUGAAGUGCGAUUAA